AGAGAAAGGAAAGAUAAAAAAAAAAGCUGCUGGAAUCCAUACUUUUAGAGAAAGGAAAGAUAAGGAAGAAUUGAUACUUGUCAUUACAAUUGCCGGAAUCCACUGGAGCAUCUAUAAAAAGCUGCUACAUAAUUGCCGGAACCAGUCCGUCCUCUGAUUUCGGUAAACCCCAAUUCAAUUCCAAUUUCUACAAUUCGUCUUCGGAAUCGAAUCACAUCACUCCGUCUUACACUGCUGCAGCAAAUGAGAGUGGAAGAUUUUCCAGACCGUGCAUGCAACGACGCCGUCUUACCGAUGCCCGGAGUGCCGGAGACGCCGCCGCAGACCGUGGAACUGCACAGAGUUUGUGUGCCCCCGCACAGGACAACCGCCCGGAAACUAAGGCAGAGAUUGGGAGAUAUCUUCUUCCCCGACGAUCCUCUCCACAGGUUCAAAGGCCAAACGAGGGUUAAGAAACUGCUUUUGAGUCUCCAGUUUUUCUUCCCGGUUCUGGAGUGGGGCCCGAAUUAUAAUCUCCGGCUUCUGCGUGCUGAUGUCGUAGCCGGCCUCACAAUUGCCAGCCUUGCCAUCCCUCAAGGCAUCAGUUAUGCAAAACUUGCAAAUUUGCCACCUAUCAUCGGACUCUAUUCCAGUUUCGUCCCGCCGCUGGUAUACUCUGUUCUCGGGAGUUCUAGGCAUCUGGCCGUGGGGCCGGUGUCCAUAGCCUCUCUUGUCAUGGGCACAAUGCUUAGUGAGGCACUUCCAUAUGGUGAAGACCACCAUGUUCUCUACCUUAAAUUGGCUUUCACGUCCACAUUUGUUGCUGGAAUAUUUCAAGCUUCUUUGGGCUUCUUCAGGUUGGGAUUCCUUAUAGAUUUUCUAUCAAAGCCCACUCUUUUGGGGUUCAUGUCCGGAGCUGCGGUCAUUGUUUCUUUGCAACAAUUGAAAGGCUUGCUUGGGAUUGUCCAUUUCACUAAUAAGAUGCAAAUUAUUCCUGUUUUGUCCUCAGUUUUCCAUCGCACGGAUGAGUGGUCUUGGCAAACUAUUGUGAUAGGAAUGCUUUUCCUCAUACUCAUGUUGACAGCGAGGCAAUUUAGCAUUUGGAAACCAAAAUUCUUUUGGAUUUCAGCGGCAGCACCACUGACAUCAGUCAUUUUGUCGACUGUCAUAGUCGCACUUCUUGGGGCUAAGGCUCACGAAAUUGCUACUAUUGGUCAUCUACCUAAGGGUCUGAAUCCACCUUCAUCAAAGAUGCUAUACUUUGGUGGUUCUUAUCUGAUUCUUGUUAUCAAGACUGGCAUUGUAACCGGUAUCUUAUCACUCACGGAAGGAAUUGCAGUAGGAAGGACAUUUGCUGCUUUGAAAAACUACCAAGUUGACGGGAACCAAGAAAUGAUGGCUAUUGGUCUGAUGAAUAUGGUCGGAUCAUGUUCUUCGUGCUAUGUUACGACAGGAUCAUUUUCGAGAUCUGCGGUGAACUACAAUGCUGGAGCACAAACAGUAGCGUCAAAUAUAAUAAUGGCAACAGCCGUUCUGAUCACUCUACUGUUCCUCAUGCCAUUGUUCCACUACACACCAAACCUCAUAUUGGCAGCCAUUAUUAUCAGUGCUGUGAUUGGACUUAUCGAUUACCAAGCUGCUUUCCGGCUAUGGAAAGUUGACAAAUUUGAUUUCUUGGCAUGUAUCUGCUCCUUCUUUGGCGUCCUUUUCAUCUCCGUGCCCCUUGGCCUUGCCAUUGCAGUUGCAGUUUCUGUGUUCAAGAUUCUUUUGAAUGUGACAAGGCCCAAUACUUGUGUUCUCGGAAAAAUUCCAGGAACUCAGGUAUAUCAAAGCCUAAGCAGAUAUAGAACAACCACUAGGAUACCUUCUUUUCUUGUACUCUCAGUGGAAGCUCCUAUCUACUUUGCAAAUUCCACCUACGUACAGCAAAGAUUGCUGAGAUGGGUCCGAGAAGAGGAAGAGAGGGCCACAGAAAACGGAGAAAGGCCAAUCAGAUGCAUAGUUGUUGACAUGUCAGCUGUUACAGCCAUAGACACAAGUGGUAUAGAAACAAUCCGGGAACUGAAAAUGGUGUUAGAGAGACGGUCGCUUAAGCUUGUAUUGGCUAAUCCUUUGGAAAACGUUGUGGAAAAGUUGAGCAAGUCCGGCUUUCUUGCAGAGCUUGGCAUGGACGGGUUAUACAUGACGGUUGCAGAAGCUAUUGCAGACUUGUCCAUAUUGAAGCCUACUACUCCUACUGUUAAUGAACCGUGAAACCACACGGGAACUCAUAUUUGUAGCUCCACCCACCCGGAUGUUAGGGUUGUUUCAAUUGUAUGCUCUUGUAGAAGGUGGGGUUUCAAUUUGAUGAAAUUACCGAAUAAGUGAGGAGUAAAAACUAGUGGUUCAAUUCUCCUAAACACAGUAUGUAUCAUGUUUCCUCUAAAUAGCAAUAAAGCAUUGUUAUAUGAAAGGGGAAUUCUAUUUGCAGCCUCACUUUCACUAAACACAGCCCCUUCUUUCCGUAUUAAUUAAAAUCAAUUCAUAAUUCCCA